AGAAAGUGUAAAACUGUAAAUAUUUACGAAAACUAAAACUUCUGUAUUUACUAGUGAUUAAUGAGUACCUACUACCGAAUGAGAUUAUUAUUUUCGCUCUGUUCUGAACCUCGGAAUCAAUAAUGGGAACUACUAAGGAGAGUAAUUAUGUGUACUCUAAAAUAUUUCCCACAUUGAAAGUAGCUGCAAUGGAAGAAACUUUAACUCAAGCUGUAAUAAACUUUAAAGAUAUUGUAUUGGAAUUAGAGCAGCUACAUUUAGAGAAUAAAAAUUACAAAAAAAUGUUAGAUGAUCACAAGAAAAAAUUGGAAAAUCCAACAUGUAGCAGCUGUGAUGAUUUUAAGAAGAUUAUUGAAAUAAAGGAACAAAUUUUAUACUCUGUAGCUUCAACAUUAAACCAAUUGACUCAAACAAAAAACUUUAACUUGAUAGAAGUAAUAUUAAAAAAAAUAUAUGGACAUACCAACAUACUAACUCCACCAAAAAGUGUAUCACCAGAAAAAGAGAAUGAACUACCAGAAGAAAGUACAAAAAUAAAUAUGUCUGAAACUUCAUUUAUAAGUCCAAAAAAAGAAGUUAGAUGUUUGGAAUCUAAAAAUGAAUCUGUGUCAGAAAUUGAAGGUACACCGACCGGUCGUAAAAGUCCAAUAUUCCAGAGUAAAAAAACAAAGACUUCUAUAAGUAGUAAGAAUUCUUUAAGUUUGAAAGAUAAAAAGAAAUGUCCUGAAACUUGGCCAACACCAGAAAAGAAGACGAUAAAACUAUCAUACCCUAGUCCAACACAAAGCAGGUCUGGAGGUAGAAUGAGGCAGGGCAGAUUGAGCUUCAUCAAAAUGAAGAGCUGUAGUGUGGUCGACCUCACGUGCUCACCAGAGAACAGUGGCGGAAUUGAUUGUAACGAAAACAAUAAUAAGUGUAAGAUGAAAAAGGAACCGAUAGAUAAUGAUGAGACAAUCCUGCCGUCUCCCACAAGUGGGCCAGUUAAUUUUCCACCGCUCUAUAAAUCUGUGGCGAGUGACAGUCCAACAAAAUUCAGAAAGCCACUGGCUAUGCCAAAAUUUAAAAUAGAAGUGGACACAAGCGACAAUGAAUUGGAGAACAAAUGUGUAUUCAAUGAAAACGGAAAACUGGUUGAAGACUCUAUUAAUCUCCUAAACCAGAUCUCCAAUAGAUAUAAAUCACCGCAGAAAAUGGAAAAAACAGAGGAUGUGACACAUUGCGGUGAUGAAAGCAUAUCCCUUUUGCAACACAAUGUGAAGAAAAUCGACACUAGGGGCAACAACAAACCAAAUGACAGUCCCAGCAAACGCCCUCUGGCGGAAAACGUGAAUAUAAUGAAUGUACAGAAUCUAGAAAGCGAGUCCAGUAUGUCGAUACUGCAACGGGACCCGGGUACUAGCAAAGUCGAGAAAGCGACUGGUGAUGUCGUGAAAAGGAUUAAAACAAAUAUGGCGGCGGUAUACAAGGAGCCAGCGGUGCGGAAGAAAGCGGAGAAACGGGCUUUACCCGGUUGGAGCUGCGAUGAGUGCAGGAUUUUCUACGACGAGUUAUACAAGGACGACCCGGAGAUGCUCGCGCAGAAAAUGGACGAGUGCUCCAAACACCGCGGGCGCACUAACCCCGUUAGGCCGAAAACACCCGAAGGAUUCUGGAACCCACGGUGGGACGUACCGCAAGAUACCGAGGAAUUUAAUAAAAGAAACAACGCUGUUUGAUACACCCUGUAUAGUAAUAAUGGUUUAUUUCAUGUAUCAAAGACUCAUAGUUUCAAUUUAAAAGACCGAAAAUAUUAUUUUUUCUUAUUUUUUUAUUGCUGUAACUCGGCAAUCUGUCUUGAGACAUUGGGCCGUUCGUUUGUGGGUUAACGUAAUUUUUUUCUUUAUUAAUAUUAUAAUAAUUUUAUUAUAAACAACUGCCUCGUCGCUUAGCUUGUUCUACGAGGGCCUGGGUACGAAUCCUGCAUCGGACCAAUGGAAUUGCUAGGCAUUGUGUAUUUUCUGUUAAGAGAGGUUUAGCACCAGCCCAGUGUUAUGAAAUUAGCGGUGCCAUAUCCCGUGCCUUGUGGAGCACGUAAAGCCGUCGGACCCAAGUAUUAUCACUAUUUUGUGAUAAUAAUCGCUAAACCUCACCAACUUGAUUGGAACAGCGUGGUGACCCACCACGUUGUUCCAAUACAGGUUGGUGAGUAUGCUAUGAAAUCUUCACUCCUAUGACAGAUUAUGAGUCCUGUGUUAAUUUGGAUGCGUCUAUUCUACAUAUUUGAUGACUUCCCUGGCGCAACUGUGAGCUCUGUGAAUAUAGGAAGGAAGUCCCGGGUUCUUUUCCUAGCAGGGGCAAUUUGGUAAUUUAUUAUUUCUGAAUUUUCACUGGGCUGGUCUGGUUGGAGGCUUUGUCCGUGGCUAGUUACCACC